AAACGUCAUGCGGUUUAGAAAUGAUAAGUACCAAAUUAUGCGAGAAUAAAUAAUCAAAUUCUCUACAAUAUCAAUGAAAAGCAUAUUUAAAUUCAAUGUCUCACGUUUAUUACAACGAGUUAUGGCUUAUCACGAGAAGCGACCUAGAAAAGCUGUUAGAACUCGAAAGAGGAUUGCAAGAAAGCGCACCAUUAAAAAAAAAAGCUGCUUUAAAUUCAGCGUUAUCUGUGUAUCUGAGAUAUCGCAAUAUUGUAAAAAGACUCAUCAUGUGUUACGAUCAAAUGAUUCAGACGCAGAAACGGGAAUUAAUUAAGAAAAUGUUAGAUUGUGCCAUCGGACGUAUGCUAGAAUAUAAAAAGAAAAUUGUGGAGCUAGAUUAUACAGAUUAUCAAUGGCCUGACGAUAUUUUGAAUCAAAUGAAAUUCACGCCAGAUGAUAUUGAGUUAUUUGCAUCAGUGUCUGGCCGAGAACGUGUAGAGGAACGCAGAAAGUUUAUUCAAGAGUUGAUGGAGAGUGUUCACAAAGUACCACAGACGAGAGAACACCGUCUUUCACAGAUACAAAUUGAGAGUACGCCCGAGAUGGAAGAUGAGACAUUGAAGACACGCGCUGCUCGACGAAGAAUGCGGAUCACACCACCAUCAAAGAUAGAGUUAAUCCAGGAAUCGCCAUUGGAAAAAGCCGCCCGAGAAGCGAAACUUGCUGCUGAAAAAACUAUGCGUAACGCAAUGUUAUUGGUGCAGAGUCAUGAGAGAGCCAGAAAGGGACGCUCCUACGGUGCAGAUGUGAAACGUAUAUACGAUUACAAUAAAAAAGUGAGAUCCGGAGAAAUAAUACCGAAAAAAAUAGAUCGUAUCAAAUAUAUUCGAUCAGCGAUAACGAUACAACGUGCGUGGCGACGUUAUGCUUCUAGAAAAGCUAUGGGAAAACGAAUUGCACGUCUCGAAGAAGCUUUGGAUAUGACAAGCUGGCGAUGCAACAAGACAAUCGCGAAAGAUGAUGACAAUUUUCAGCGACGACGUGCUCUGAUGCCUGUGUUUGAUGCACGCACGGAGAAGGCAAUCAAUGACGAACGCACAAAGCUCUUGAAAAUCAGAGGUCCUGGAUUAAUGGAGGACAUCACUGACGAAAUUCACGAGUGGUUCGUUGUUUGGUACAACGCACUAGGACAUUACGACGUAUUUCCAGCUGCAGAUUUAGGUGGCAGCGUACUGAUCGUGACCGGGCAGACCUUAACACCGCAAGAAUAUUUGAUGGAAAAAUUGGAAAAAGAGAAAAAAGCCAAAGAAAGAAGGGCUGAGAGAAUGGGACCAGUUCCCAAAGUUGAACCUAUCAAGGACGAAGUUUCCGAUGUGAAAAUGCCGCAAACAAAUACUUUGUCCUGCUUAGAGGAAACAAACAUCGAUUUUAUUCGAAAUUGGAGCUUUCGUGACCAAAAAUAUUUAGAACGAGAAUAUUUGGAUCUAAUUACUGAGAAACUUUGUUAUGAGUUGCAGCUCGAAAUGAGGGAGAUAGUAGAUGAAUUGAUGAGGGCCGAACUGGAAUUAUUAAAUAAGGCGUUAUUGAAGGAUCAUGCACGUGAUAAGGAGAAAUUCGUGAUUCCAACAAUAGAUACAAAAAGAAUAUAUAUAAUUGACAAAACUGAAACGAAAAGAAAGAAAGAUAUCUUGGAGGAUGUAGCCAUCGAGGAUCUCUUUAACGAGCUUCUACAAGCUAAAAUCAUUAGAAACUACCAAACUAUUUUUUUACGUGAUUGGUUUGGUGAUCUGUCCUAUCAAAAUUACGAGGCACGUCGCGAACUCCGGGAUUAUAAGCAUCGACUCGGAGAAGUAAAGCAGCUCGUAUUAGAGUAUUGUGUAUUGCCUUUAAUUUCCAAGGAGACACAUCAACUUGCACCGCUCGUCCGUUCUGUGUGCAUCUAUGGAUUAUCAGGGGCCGGAAAGACUUCGCUUGCGAAUGCCAUCUGCUCAGAGAUCGGCGCGUUACUUUUCGACGUAUCAGCACCUGUUUUAGUUAAUAAAUAUGUAGGCAAGGCAAAACAACAAAGACUCAUCGAUAUAAUCUCUAAAGUGGCCCGUUUUUACGCACCUUCCAUCAUAUUUCUCGAUGCUGGCGAAAAACCCUGGUUGAAAAAAAUUCCACCAGAGGAAAGGUAUCUUCAACCCAAGCGAUUCACCAAAUAUUUUGUUAAACUAAUAAAAGACAUUAAGCCAGGCGAUCAGAUACUAUUUCUUUCACUGUCCGAAGAACCUCAUAAGGCGACAGCCGCUUUCAUUAAAUUCUACGAUAAAUUUAUAAGGGUACCCACUACCGACUACAACACACUUUACAUGUACUAUAAGAAUCUACUAAUGAAAUAUCAUGGCGUUGAUCGCGAUAUCGAUGUCUCUUGUUUGGCCAAACUGUCCAUUGGAGUUCCUCUGGAUUUUAUCCGACAAGCCGUGGAGAAGGUGCUGUCGCUACGUCGAAGAAUUACUCUUAAAUCCAAUCCAUUAAAUCCGAUGGAAAUUAUGGACGAGAUAUUAAAGUAUCAACAUCCUACGUUGGAGAUGAUAGAGAGUCUUGAUAAAUUUGAAGGAAGCACUCCACUUGGCAGAAAAAGAGCCAAUGUUUCGUAAAACGAAAAUUCGCGAAAAGAUGAUGAGUUUGUUUCCGAACAUAAAUAUAUAUAUUAUAUCUAUCACAGAAGUUUCGCUCUUGCAUAAAAAAUGCAUUAUUAUAUUGCAAAAAUUCUUGCAUUGCAUGCCCAUCUAAUAGCCCGCAGGAUGUAAAAUAUAAAAAGAAAGACAGAUAUACAUAUCCUAAGAUGCAUAUCCUACGACGGAAAUGGUGGACUGCAUUUUAG